AUGUUGCACAAUUGGUAUCCGGUGCAGAACUAUACAGCUGCCGAGCUCGAGUACGAACGAGACCAUAGACUUCUACAGCCAGUAUGGGAGUGGAUUAAAAACGGUAAUGAACAUAUUCUUCGCUCUCCGUUAUUUCCUCCGAUUUAUGCACUAUCUAUCGAUUAUACAUGGGUUAUAACGUUUUCAAUCAUUGAUAUUUUUUUUGCGGACGUUCCAUUCUUCAAGAAACACAAAAUUCAGAAAGAUAGAAAGGUGACGUGGAGUUUGAUGAAAAAGUCAUUGCAACUGCAAUUGUGGAAUCAAUUGCUUUGGAUUUAUCCAAUGGCUUUAGUUCAACUUGUUUGGGUUCCUGAUACCGAAUUACCUAUUUUGGCUCCAACGGUUUUCGAAAUGCUUUCUCAGAUUGCAAUUUUCUUCCUGUCUUUUGAUUUCACAUAUUUCUGGUUUCACUACAUUUGCCACAAGGUUAAAUUCUUGUACCGCUGGUGCCAUUCCGUACAUCAUAUGUAUUCAUCGCCAUUUGCAGCCGCUGCUCAGCAUUUGCACCCAUUUGAGCUAUUUUUCGUAGGAAGUUUCAUCACCACUGUUCCAUGGAUUUUUAAGACUCAUUGCUUGACAUAUUGGGUCUGGUUUUUUGUUGCUCAGAGUGUUUCUUAUGAGGUGCAUAUUGGCUACGAUUUUCCAUUUGCUCUUCACAGAUUCUUCUGGUUUUAUUCUGGUGCCCCUGCUCAUGACAUGCAUCACUUGAGACCGUUAACAUGUUUUCAACCAUGGUUCAAUUAUUUGGAUCGUAUUAUGGGAUACCAUAUAACUUACGAGCAUUUGAAAAAAAUGACGGCUCAGAAGCUUCAAAGAUACGGCUUGUACAAUGCAGAAGACGAGAAAGGACUUGAAAAACAUAAUUAG